GGCGCGGACCAUCUGGGGUCCUGCCCGACGCCAGUCCCGGUGGAGCAGCAACGCCCGCGCGCCUCCGCCCGGCACCUCCCACCGCCUGCUUCGCCCCUCCUCUCUCCCGCUCGCUCGUCCGCCGCUGCAGGUUCAGUCCCCGCGGGGACAAGGAGCGCGGGGGCCCCACGCGCGGCGGCGGGUCCGCGUGCUUGCUCCCCACGCCCUGCAGCUGGGAUCCGGCGGCGGGCACCUGCGAGCCCCCGCUCCCCUCCGGGCGACCGCGGCGGGCUCACUGGGCAUGCCCAGCAGCGGGGCGGCCGGGCGCCGCGGGAGCCAAGCGCAUGCACUCGGCGCGCCAGGCGCCGGCCGUCCAGGGGCGCGGCGCUCGGGCGGCCGCUCUCGCCGAAGCCCUGGCCAGCCUGGGCAGGACGCGGGCCAGGAUGGCCUCCCUCACGGCAUACGACAGAGAUGUGAGUAGUGGGAGUUACAACCUUUCUUCCGCGACUACGGGCAGCUACUACAGCUGUGUCAGCCAGAUCACCAUAGGUUAUGAUGUCACUGGGCCUGUUGCAGUUGGGCUCAGCCACUGGAAAAAUCCAUACGCACAGGGCAGACCCGCCCUCCCAUCAGAUCUGCCUCUGUUCGUCUCCAAAGAUGCAGGCGUCCCUGUGUACCACCGAUCCCUCACCCGCAAGACUGAGCUGGCCACACCUUUGUCUUGCCCAGCCUCACUGUCCAUCACUCCAGUGCCUUCAUAUAGCAGCAGUAGCCAGGAAACCCUGAGUCAAGACACAACAGGUUUAAGUUUAUCUAUUCAUGGGGCUGAAAAGCGUUUGCAAAUCCAUCAACGGCGAAGUGUGGCAAGCCGCCCAGGGUCACGUCGCCUGCCUGUGGUCAGGCAUUCCUCACUCCCACCAGGCAGAAGGUCAAUAAAAAUGGAGGCAAGCUCUUCUGGAAUCACUAAUGGGAAAACCAAAGUCUUCCAUCCAGAAGGAGGUGUGGAUUUGCAAGGCUACCAGCUCGAUAUGCAAAUACUACCUGACGGCCCAAAGAGUGAUGUGGACUUUUCAGAGAUUCUUAAUGCAAUACAAGAAAUGGCCAAGGAUGUCAACAUUCUUUUUGAUGAAUUAGAAGCUGUCAACAGUCCUUGCAAAGAUGACGAUUCUCUCCUUCACCCUGGAAACCUGACCAGCACUUCAGAUGACGCUAGCAGGUUGGAAGCAGGGGGAGAGACAAUGCCAGAAAAAAACAAAUCAAAUGGACUUUACUUCAGAGAUGGAAAGUGUCGAAUUGACUACAUUCUUGUGUACAGAAAAUCAAACCCUCAGACUGAAAAGAGAGAAGUAUUUGAAAGAAAUAUUAGAGCAGAAGGAUUGCAGAUGGAGAAAGAGUCCUCUCUAAUAAAUAGUGACAUUAUCUUUGUGAAGUUGCAUGCCCCAUGGGAAGUGCUUGGAAGAUAUGCAGAACAAAUGAAUGUAAGAAUGCCUUUCAGGAGAAAAAUCUAUUACCUGCCCCGCCGGUACAAGUUCAUGAGCAGGAUCGAUAAACAAAUAAGCAGGUUUCGGAGAUGGUUACCUAAGAAGCCAAUGAGGCUGGACAAGGAGACACUACCAGACCUGGAGGAGAAUGACUGCUACACUGCCCCUUUCAGCCAGCAAAGGAUCCAUCACUUCAUCAUACACAACAAAGACACUUUCUUCAACAAUGCCACAAGAAGUAGAAUUAUACAUCAUAUUUUACAAAGAAUAAAGUAUGAAGAAGGAAAAAACAAAAUUGGUCUGAAUCGCUUGCUUACCAAUGGCUCCUAUGAAGCUGCAUUUCCUCUGCAUGAGGGAAGUUACAGAAGUAAAAACUCCAUUAGAACCCAUGGAGCGGUAAACCACCGACAUCUGCUCUAUGAGUGCUGGGCCUCCUGGGGUGUGUGGUAUAAAUACCAACCUUUGGAUCUUGUAAGGAGGUACUUUGGAGAGAAGAUUGGGUUGUACUUUGCCUGGCUGGGCUGGUACACGGGCAUGCUCUUCCCAGCUGCCUUCAUUGGACUGUUUGUCUUCUUGUACGGAGUCAUUACUCUGGAUCACUGCCGAGUCAGUAAAGAAGUCUGCCAAGCUACAGAUAUCAUCAUGUGUCCUGUGUGUGAUAAAUACUGUCCAUUCAUGAGGUUGUCAGACAGCUGUGUUUACGCCAAGGUAACCCACCUCUUUGACAACGGAGCCACUGUCUUCUUUGCUGUUUUCAUGGCAGUCUGGGCGACAGUUUUCCUGGAGUUUUGGAAGAGACGGCGAGCAGUAAUUGCUUACGACUGGGAUUUGAUAGACUGGGAAGAAGAGGAGGAAGAAAUAAGGCCCCAGUUUGAAGCCAAGUAUUCCAAGAAAGAGCGGAUGAAUCCCAUUUCAGGAAAGCCAGAACCUUAUCAAGCAUUUGCAGAUAAAUGCAGCCGACUGAUCGUUUCUGCAUCUGGAAUAUUUUUUAUGAUCUGUGUGGUGAUCGCGGCCGUGUUCGGGAUCGUCAUUUACCGGGUGGUGACCGUCAGCACCUUCGCUGCCUUCAAGUGGGCGUUAAUCCGGAAUAACUCCCAGGUGGCGACCACAGGGACCGCAGUGUGCAUCAACUUCUGCAUCAUCAUGCUGCUGAACGUGCUCUAUGAAAAAGUUGCACUUUUUCUGACAAAUUUAGAGCAGCCUCGCACAGAGUCGGAGUGGGAGAACAGCUUCACCCUGAAAAUGUUUCUUUUUCAGUUUGUCAAUCUGAACAGCUCCACAUUUUACAUCGCGUUCUUCCUCGGAAGAUUUACAGGACACCCAGGUGCCUACUUGAGGCUGAUAAACAGAUGGAGACUAGAAGAGUGCCACCCUAGUGGAUGCCUUAUUGAUCUCUGUAUGCAAAUGGGUAUUAUAAUGGUGCUAAAGCAGACCUGGAAUAAUUUCAUGGAACUUGGCUACCCGUUAAUUCAGAAUUGGUGGACUAGAAGAAAAGUAAGACAAGAACACGGACCUGAAAGGAAAAUACAUUUCCCACAAUGGGAAAAGGACUACAACCUCCAGCCGAUGAAUGCCUAUGGACUCUUCGAUGAAUACUUAGAAAUGAUUCUUCAGUUUGGAUUCACAACUAUCUUUGUGGCAGCUUUUCCCCUAGCACCACUUCUGGCCUUACUGAAUAACAUAAUUGAAAUUCGACUUGACGCUUACAAAUUUGUCACGCAGUGGAGGCGACCUUUAGCUUCAAGGGCCAAAGACAUAGGAAUUUGGUAUGGAAUUCUUGAAGGCAUUGGAAUUCUCUCUGUUAUUACGAAUGCAUUUGUCAUAGCGAUAACGUCUGACUUUAUUCCUCGUUUGGUGUACGCUUAUAAGUAUGGACCUUGUGCAGGCCAAGGAGAAGCUGGGCAAAAGUGCAUGGUUGGCUAUGUGAAUGCCAGCUUGUCUGUGUUUCGAAUUUCCGACUUUGAGAACCGAUCUGAGCCUGAGUCUGACGGCAGUGAGUUCUCAGGGACACCUCUCAAGUACUGCAGAUACCGCGACUACCGUGACCCCCCUCAUUCACUGGUGCCCUACGGCUACACACUGCAGUUCUGGCAUGUCCUCGCAGCUCGACUGGCUUUUAUCAUUGUGUUUGAGCACCUCGUGUUUUGUAUAAAGCACCUCAUUUCAUAUCUGAUCCCAGACCUCCCCAAAGAUCUAAGGGAUCGAAUGAGGAGAGAGAAGUACUUGAUUCAGGAGAUGAUGUAUGAAGCAGAACUGGAGCGUCUCCAGAAGGAGCGGAAGGAGAGGAAGAAAAACGGGCGAGCGCACCAUAACGAGUGGCCGUGACCAGGCCAUAGUUCAUUUCCAGGCCAAGGACCUGAAUGCUGUCUCCUUCUCCUGGCUGCGCAGAAGCACGCCAAGUGAAUGACUAAAAUGCACCCGCAGUGCAUGUCGCAGACACUGGCCGCAGCAGGGGCUCAGCACCCUGAAGGACUGCCUGGGGGAUCACGUUGCAGUCCAGCACACAACUGCUACCCACCCACUGACCGUUCCUGACCAUGCAAGCAUGCACGCCAUGGGCACUUACAUUCUGAAGUUUUUAAAACCAAGGGGAACUUGUAUACUAGACCUGUUUUUCAGCCUGUUUGCUACCUUUUUUGCAUUCUAUCCCAUGUGAAUUUUACAGACACUGGGCUAAUAAGGGUAUUUGGACACCUGGACACCCCUUCCUGGAAUGUCAUCAUAUGGUCCUAGUUCCAUGUCACCAAAUGACAGAAACAAGACCCUGUUUACAACUUUGUUUUUUUUUUUUAAUUUCAGAUCUUUCUGAGGAGAUUAUAUAUGACAUAUCUAUAGCUAUGUGUAUGGCCAUAGAUGUAUUUCUGUGUGUACAUAUGUAUAGUCAUGUAUUCUUACAUAUGUACAUACAAAUA